AUGGCUCCCAGCUGGACCCGAUUGAUCCGCUUCAUCGCCGAGGAAGAUGGCCUCACGCACCUGGGCGAGGUCGUAGGCGACGCCGACGUCGGACUAGCCCACCACGCCGGGCAAAAGAUCCAAGCAAAGCUCAUCACCGGCAGCGCAUUCGACGGCGUCGUCACGUCCAAGACUCUGACGGUGGCGCGUCUGCUAUGUCCCCUUGACCGGUCCGAGGUGCCCCUCAUCCGGUGCCUGGGACUCAACUACCACGACCACGCCAAGGAGGCCAACAUGCCGGUGCCUGAGCAUCCGGUGCUGUUCAUCAAGCCGCGCACCGCCCUGGCCGGCCCGCACCCUGCCAAGAUCUCAAUCCCAAAAUUUGUCCAGGACGGGAGCAGCGACUAUGAGGCCGAGUUGACGCUCGUCAUUGCAAAGGAUGGCCGCGACAUCCAGGAGAGCGAGGCCAUGGACUACGUGCUGGGAUACACAGUUGGUAACGAUGUCAGCGCGAGGACGGAGCAGUUCAGGAACAGCCAGUGGUGCUUCUCCAAAGGUCUCGACAACUCGGCCCCCAUUGGGCCUGUCCUUGUUUCACCUUCUGUCAUCAAGGAUCCUCAGGGGCUGGCUAUCAAGGCCACCCUUGGAGACAUGACUGUCCAGGACUCCCACACAAGCGAGAUGAUCUUCUCCAUCCCCAAGACGCUCGCAUUCUUGUCGCAGGGAACCACUCUCGAGCGCGGAACCGUCAUCAUGCUGGGCACGCCGCCCGGUGUUGGAGCUAUGAGGAACCCCAAGGUGUGCCUUAAGCACGGUGAUGAUAUGCGUGUCUAUAUUGACAAGAUUGGAACUUUAAUCAACGAGGUGUACUACGAGUAA